ACAGUAUCUAUGGCGAACUACAGCCAUGCAGCUACUGGGAGCAGCGAGAACCUUUUGCAAAAUGUGUCUCCUUUGGCGACGUUCUUCAAGCUGACAUCCCUGGGUUUCAUCAUUGGGGUCGGCGUGCUAGGAAACCUUCUCAUUUCCUUCCUUCUGGUCAAAGACAAGACCCUGCACCGGGCUCCCUAUUACUUCUUGCUGGAUCUCUGCUCCUCCGAUAUCAUCCGUUCGGCGGUGUGUUUCCCCUUCGUGUUUCUCUCGGUGAAAAACGGCUCCUCCUGGCCCUAUGGGUCCCUCAGCUGCAAAGUGAUCGCCUUCGUCGGGGUCCUGUCUUGCUUUCAUGCCGUGUUCAUGCUUUUCUGUGUGAGUGUCACCCGGUAUAUCGCCAUCGCCCACCACCGUUUCUACUCUAAGAGGUUGACUUUCUGGACCUGCCUGGCGGUAAUCUGCAUGGUCUGGACCCUGUCAGUGGCCAUGGCUUUCCCUCCAGUCUUCGAUGUGGGCACCUACACAUUCAUCAGGGAGGAAGAGCAGUGCAUCUUUGAACACAGGUACUUCAAAGUCAACGACUCCCUGGGCUUCAUGCUCAUGUUUGUGGUGAUAGUCCUGGCCACUCACAUCGUCUACCUGAAGCUGAUUUUUUUCGUUUACGAUCGGCGCAAGAUGAAGCCCGUCCAGCUGGUGCCAGCAGUCAGCCAGAACUGGACUUUCCACGGACCAGGGGCCACUGGGCAGGCGGCUGCCAACUGGAUCGCUGGCUUUGGCCGGGGACCAACUCCCCCGACUCUGUUGGGAAUCAGGCAAAACCCCCAGGGCCAGGGCAUGAGGAGGAGGCUGCUGGUCAUGGACGAGUUCAAAACAGAGAAGAGAAUAGGCAGGAUGUUCUAUCUGAUCACCUUCUUCUUCGUAGCUCUCUGGUGCCCAUAUCUGGUAGCUUGUUACUGGCGUGUUUUUGUGAAAGGUCCUGCAGUUCCACGUGGUUACCUGACGGCUGCUGUCUGGAUGACUUUUGCCCAGGCUGGUGUCAACCCAUUCAUCUGCAUCUUCUCCAACCGGGAGCUAAGACGUUGUUUCAGCACCAACAUCCUUUACUGUCGAAAAUCUAGGUUACCAAGGGAACCUUACUGCGUUAUAUGA